AUCACUAUUGAUAUAUUUUCUGCGAAGUUGAGGGAUCGUGCUAUUUGCCAUUGUUUAUUAUUUAUUCUGAAUAUUCCAGAAAGAUUUCUAAUCCCUUUGACUGUGUAAUAUCAUUAAUAUUACAGCAGUUAUUCAUGUAAAUCGGAUUGAAAGUGCAAUCAAAGCGGAAACUAGGCUAUAACGGGGUACCCCGUUAUUCUACCAUUUACAUCCAAAACUUAUUAUGCCUCAUGAUUUAAAGGAGUUGGGUGGAAGGAAACCGGUAGUAAUGGCUCCCUUGUCGCCGACUCCUUGCGCGGAGAUCAGUGAUGAUGAGCUGGUCUCCAUCUCUGUGCGUGACCUGAACAGGCAGCUGAAGAUGAGGGGACUUACUCGAGAUCAGAUUGUCAGGAUGAAACAGCGUCGUAGAACGUUGAAAAACCGUGGUUAUGCAGCCUCGUGUAGAAUCAAACGCAUUGAGCAGAAAGAUGAGUUGGAAACAGAGAAAAGCCAGGAAUGGCACGACAUGGAACUCAUGCAGGACGAAAAUAACAGAAUUCGGGAAGAAGUGGAAGCCUUGAGAGGGAAGUAUGAUGCCCUGAAACGAUUUGCCAUUAUGAAGAAUAUACCCUUACCACCAGAAUUGGAAAUACAGCCUUGAAGUGUUAAA